AAAAUGCGGUCAUUGAACUUCCUUGUUGCUGAAAUUUGCUACACAAAUAAACUUGAAAGCUGCAUAAAGAAUAAAACAUGGAGUCAUUUAAAAUCAUUGUUCCCAGAUGAAGCGAGCAGAGGUCAUUCCCGCUGACCACCACUAGGUGUCAGCACUCAGUGAUUCAAAAAGAAAAGUUGUCUCUCAAAAAUCAAUACUGUGAGGCUCCCUCCCUCUUUUCCACUCUGUUUCUCUCUCUGUCCUCCCCAACUCUCUCCCUCCCGGUAUAAAACAUCGCUCCACGCCGACAAUCAGACGUGAAAACGCCUCCGUUGUCACCGCAGUGCCGCAGAAGCCCUCCCGUUUGCCCGGCUGAUGCCUGGAUGACCCCCGCCUGGAUCAUCGCCUCCCUCACUCCUUGAGUUUGACAGCUGAUUGUGGCUCAUCCAGCAGGAGAUUCUCCUCCGGUUUUCUCUUCUUUCUCCCUGAAAUGAGGCGAACGGCGGACAUGAAGAGCACAUGUCUGUGGGCCGCCGCUGCACUGCUGUCACUCAGCUCUCUGGUGACCAGUGCUGAUUCACCUCACUCAGGAAGUUCGGACUUGAGACAGAGCUCCAAAUCCAAAGUGAAGACGUACUGGACUGAAAGCAACAAAGCGGUCUCCAUCAGUCGCCUGCUGUCUCAAACCAUCUACGGGAAGGAGAACUUUACCUCGGUGGACCUGAAUUACGACGACGCGGACGCCUACUCCAAACCGGAGCAGUGGAACUGGCUUUACAACGCUUCAACUCCGCGCGACCCGCGGCCUCGCACAAAAAGACGGCCCAUCGUCAAGACCGGGAAGUUCAAGAAGAUGUUCGGCUGGGGCGACUUCCAUUCAAACAUCAAAACCGUGAAGCUGAACCUCCUCAUCACCGGGAAAAUAGUGGAUCACGGCAACGGCACAUUCAGCGUCUACUUCCGGCACAACUCCACCGGCCAGGGCAACGUUUCCGUCGGGCUCGUUCCCCCGACGAAGGCGGUGGAGUUCCAGGUCCAUCCGCAGCAGCAGCAGCAGCACUUCCACCAACAUAACCACAACCAGCAGCAGCAGACGGCUCUGGAGACCAAAGACACCAAGCUGUUCAACUGCAGGGUGGAGUACGAGAAGGUGGAGAAGGGCACCAGGAACUCGCUGUGCGCCCACGACCCAUCACAGAGCUGCCCACAGGAGCAGACGCAGAGCCACGUGUCCUGGCUGUGCUCCAAACCCUUCAAGGUCAUCUGCAUCUUCAUCACCUUCUACAGCACCGACUACAAGCUGGUGCAGAAGGUCUGCCCGGACUACAACUACCACAGCGACACCCCCUACCUCCCCACUGGGUGAUCACAUGACCGAACACGAAGGGAGAAAGACACACCGUCUGCCGGGCCACGAGUCCAACUUCAGAUGUUGACAAACUUUUGUUUUGUUUUGUUUUUCUUUAAUUACAACAGACGUAUCCUUGUGAGAGGAGGAGGAGUUCGUUAGGGAAGCACUUCUAGGAUUGCAAUACCGUUAAUAAAUGCAUAGCUGCUUAUGGAAAGGAAACUCAAGCAAACUGUGAACAUGCACCGAUUGUAUUUAUGUAAAUAUUCUGGACUGCAGCACACACACAAAAAAUGGUUUUAUUAACAU